UGCUGAGUACUAAGCGGUCUUCCCUGAGGUAACUCAACUUCCGUGCUGAGCGCUGUUUAGGAAGUCGCUCUAACACUUCCACCCAGUGUUAUUAUAAAGGUUGCCCUGGAGCUCAGGUGUCCCACCAAAUCCUCAUGCUGACUUCUCCGGGCCUGGUCGUCCUUGAGUCUCCUGUCAGGUGUUCCUAGAAUCUUCCGCCACGAGACGCACCACCCAUCAGGUUUACUGGAAAUGAAAUGAAUAUUAACAUGGAGGACAGUUUCAACACCAAACCAUCAGCAUCUACCUUUACACUUCAGAGUUCCUCAGAGACAAUGGUUUCUAUCCAGCUCCUCGAUUUCAGAACAAGUUUACUUGAAGCACUAGAAGAGCUGCGUAUGAGAAGGGAAGCAGAGACUCAAUAUGAAGAGCAGAUUGCUAAAAUUAUUAUGGAGACACAAGAACUGAACUGGCAAAAGGAGACUCUUCAGAAUCAAAAGGAGGCAUUAAUAAAGCAACACAAAGAAGCAAUGGGAGUUUUUAAAAAUCAGCUGCAAAUGAAGAUUUAUGCCUUGGAAGAAGAAAAGGGAAAAUACAAACUUGCUACAGAAAUCAAAGAAAAAGAAAUAGAAGGAUUGAAGGAAACAUUAAAAACACUACAGGUUUCUCAAUAUUCUUUACAGAAGAAAGUGAGUGAAAUGGAACAAAAGGCUCAUUUACACCAUCUAGCUAAAGAAGAUUAUCACAAGCAACUUAAUGAAAUUGAAAAAUACUAUGUUACAAUAACAAAUCAGUUUGGAUUGGUGAGAGAGAAUCAUGUAAAGUUAGAACAAAAUGUACAAGAAGCAAUACAGUUAAACAAAAGACUCUCCACCUUAAAUGAAAAACAGGAAUCUGAAAUUCACAGAUUAAAGAAGCUCACAUGUAUUUCUGAAGUUAUGUCCAGACCAUUAAUGAGUCCAAAAGGAGGAUUCUUCACGGAACUAAAGAAAGCAGCUUCAGAGCUGAUUAAGUCCAAGGUCACUUGUCAGCAUAAGAUGGAGGGAGAAAGUAUAGAUCUAAUAAUUAAAGAACAAAAAUAUGAAGAGCUUCAAGAAAGACUCAACGUGGAAUUGGAAUUAAAUAGAAAAAUUAAUGAAGAGAUUACCCACAUUCAAGAAGAAAAGCAGGACAUCAUCAUUUCUUUUCAACAUAUGCAGCAAUUGCUUCAGCAAGAAACUCAAGCUAAUGGUGAAGUCAGUGCAGAAUUGAAGGUGCUGAGAGAAAAGAAUCAGACCCUUGAAAGAGAUAAUGAGCUGCAAAGGGAGAAGGUAAAAGAAAAUGAAGGAAAGUUCCUUAAUCUUGAGAAGGAGCAUGAGAGAGCACUAGGAACUUGGAAGAAACAAGUGGAAGAACUUAGUGGAGAAAUGAAUAGGAUUAAAAGUGAGUUGUCAUCCCUUAAGGAGACCCAUGUUAAGUUGCAAGAACAUUACAACAAAUUAUAUGAACAGAAUAAAAAUGAGGAAUGUAAGAAGUUUCAGAAUGUUCCAGAACUAAAUAAUGAAAAUGGUGAUGAACUAUCUAGCAAAAAAUCAAAAAAUACCAUCGUACAAAAGUACAAUUCUGGUCAAGAAAUAUGGGGGGAAAAUACAAAGAGUUGUUUGGAUACUGAAUACAGGGAAAGAGAAGAAACGAGAGACCUACCUGUAGGGAAAACUGCAGAAGACUUACAGCCUCUUGAAAUAAGUGCCAAAAGUGAAAUUAAUACUAUGAUAUCUCAGGAGAGAAACCAAAGUGGAAUGUCCCCACACAAAGUCCUUUGCCUAGAUAAAGAUGUAACUGACCAAGAACAAACCUCAAAUGUUACUGACAGUAGAAAAUCAAUCCCCGGAGAAGUAAAAGACAAGCUGUGCUUGGAAAAAGCCAGUGGAUGUUCAGAGUUUAAAUCAUUGAACAAUUUCUUUUUAGUGGUAGAUGAAUCACUAGAAACAGAAAAGAUAUGCCUAGAAGGAACUGAAGGAUUAGGUCUUCCCCACACAGCUGUAGAUGUACCUCUGGACACUCGGAGUAGCAAAGCAUCCUUUAAUGGCGUAUCAAAUGAGAUGGCUCACAAAAGAAACCAUAACACAGAUGCUUCUGAAAGUAGCCCAUUCAAACAUCAAUUCAAAUUGCUUCCAGCAGAUCUGGAAAAUGCUACAGAGAAGGAAAUUACAAAUCAUGACCAAAACAAAGCAAGCUUAGAUUCACUUCUAGAUAUAAAGCUAAAUCUUGAUCUGUGUAAGAAACAUGGUUUACAGGAUUCAUGUAAUGUUAUGUUAGAUGUUAAGUAUCAAAAAAUAAAACAAAUGUUAAGAGAAGAGUGUCAGUGCAGCAUAGAGCCCUGCUCUUGUUAUCAGUCAGCCAGAGAGACUCCCCAGCCUGGAGCAACCGCGGCCUGUGCUGCAGCAAUCGGUCUAUCCGGUCCAUCUGCUAGCCCUGGUAACGAUUCGACAGCCCCUAAGAAACCGGAACACAGUGUCAGUACCGUGCCAACAGCAGUGAAACCUUCCUCAAGCCCUGCAGAAAGAACUACAAGAACAAAUGUAAAUGACAUACAAAACAGUCCACUUAAGAACCAUUCGGGAACUUCUGAAAGCAGUGUGGGCAUCUCAGACUUUCAGGUUAGCCCGGGGGACAGUCAUGCUCCACAAGCCCAAGAUUUCAAAACUGCAGUUCCCCUGACAACUUCCACCGAAAAACAGCUUCCCAGUGACAAUCAGAUAACUGAAGCUCCAGAAAGUGGUCUCUUUUCCUUGGUAGGUGUUAAGGAAAGACAAUGCAUGCUGAUAAGUAACAGAGAGAAGGCAGAGGCAUUAGAUGACAUCCUGUCAGAAGAAACGUGCUGUGAAGGUCAGCUGGGAGAAGCACAUUUGUCUCAUGUAACUCCAUCUGCAGACUCAGUAAACACAAGUGCAAGGUCAGCCUUUGAUCUUCCUACUCCAGAUAAAAAAAGAGAGGAAACUCCAGGCUACAUGAAGUUUGUAGCCCCUAGUUGUAGGCCAAAAAUAAACCAAAGUCAAACCGCAGGCACUGUAACUUCCAGCAUCCCUUCAUUGCUGAAGGAGAAACCAGUAGGUGUGUCAGAAAACAGAGUGACUGCUCCAGUGACCUUUCGUAAAAAUGAUGGUCUGGAGGACACUAGGAAAAACAUUGGGUCAGAUCCUAUCAGCACUAGCAGAGUUGCUGACACUGUGAGUAACUGGAGCAUCCAUCUAGAUCCCAAGGGACAGCCCAGUGAAGAGAGGAAUGCAACUGCACAGACGGUUCAUGAGUCUUCUUUUCCCACAGAACAUGGGAAAGCAGAGCCUUUGACUUCAACUGUGCAACAAAGCCAUUCCCAGACGAGCAAGGUUACAGACACCCUGGAUCCAUUCACCUUCUGUCCUGGUAGGAAAGACUGGCAGAGCCUUGUGAUGAACCAACUAACUGAAAUUGGAAAGUUACUAAGCUUAGAAAAUGACAACCAGCCCAAAAGAAGAAAAGUAGAAGAAAUGCUGGAUAAAGUAAUUGAUUAAGUACUGAUAAAUGCUCUCAUUAGUGAGGCUGAUGCAGUGGGGUGAAGGACUGUUCAUGUAAGUUUAUAGCUGUCUUCACUUCAACUUUUUCUACUAUAAGGAAGACCCCAUCUUGUAUUUGCAGAGCUUUGCUGUCAGUACCUAGGCACCUUCAACUUGUCUUCCCUUUGUUUAUUCCCUUCAAAGCAGUUAGUUCCUUUUUUGUUAUUAUUAUUAAAUUCAUUUAUUCACUUUACAUCCCAGUAUCAGCCCUCCUCCUCCCAGUAUCCUCUUACACAGAUCCUUCCUACUCUACCUUUCUCUUCUCCUUUUAAGAGGUGGAGCCCCCCCCUGAAGGUAUCAUUCCCCCUGCCCCCCCCCACUAGUUCCUUUCUUUAAAGACUUCAAAUAUGGUUAAGACUAAGUGGCCCUUUGAAAUGUUAACUUUUUCCAGAGUUGGUGAUAUUCCUUAAAAAUGAGAAAAUAAAUAGCCAGAUUAGUCAAA